AUGCAUCUCUUCCUCUGGGUGCUCGCCCUUUCCUUGCAGUUGCUUGUGCUUCAAGCAGGCACUGCAAUUGGUCUAGGUGUGCGCACUCCUCACUUGUUGCGGAGGGCGUACACGAGACACACGUCGAGGUCCGUGCAAGACACUCGCGAUGCUCUCAAGACGACUCACCAAGAGCGGGCAGCUCCGGAAGUAGGCGACCCCUCAAGCAGCCAAAGCACUACCAUCUGCGACAUAGUAGAUCAGGGUGGAGCGACCUCUUCAACGCUCGACGUGGGCCCCAUUAUUGAACAAGUCUUCAAGUCGUGCGUCAAGCGCAGCUCAGGAGCUGUGCUUCGUGUACCACCCGGGGACUGGCCGAUCGCCUCUCAUGUUGUCAUGAAUCCCUGCAAAGACUUCAUCUUUCAGAUGGAGGGCAACCUGCACCUCACAGUCACGAACGUGGGCGGCGGUCCCAUCUUCGACUUUCGAUACUCCAACAAUUUCAGAGUCACGGGAGGUGGAACAUUCUUUGGCAACGGUCGUGCCUUUAGGGACAAGUACGCCUUGAACGAUAGACCGAGAUUGAUGCUUUUCGAGGGUACCAAAUAUGAAGUUGACCACAUCAGGCUGGAUGAUGCGCCGGUAAGUCGCUUAUUUACGCUAAGGCUCUUGCUUGAGACGAGGCAUUCUGACAUCCUCGUCACAUCAGAUGUACCAUCUCACCGUCCGAGGAUCUCACUUCAAAGUCCACGAUAUAGUGAUCAGCAGCAAGCCUCCAUACGUCGGUACGACGGACGGCAUAGAUGUGGUUUGCGAAGAACAAUGUUCAGUCUACAGCGUGAGGAGCUUCUAGAAAGCAGUUGACAUGUCCUUCGCCGUCCUCGGUUGACAGUCCAAGUCGCCUUUCCGCCAGGCGAACGUCACGAGUGGCGACGAGUGCCUUUCGAUAAAGAAGGCUCAUGGGGUCGAGGUGCAGGUGAGAUGGAGUGUUCUUCUGUUGCGGUGGACUCGGGCUGAUUGCGUCGGUGCACACGCCCCUUGCAGGAUCUCGAGUGCCACAGUGAGUAGCGGAAGAUCGCACAGAACACAUUAGGGCUCCCAAACCAUCCUCACGGCUCUGAUCGCUUCACACAGAUGGGGGCGCAGUAUCGAUUGGCAGUGCUGGACCGGACGGCACGUUUGAAGUCGAAGACGUGCGCGUCAAGGACGUGUCGAUGCACAACUCUCAAGCUGGCGUCUACAUCAAGGCGUAUCCAAAAUCUCGUGAGCUUGAUGAUUUUCCUCUGCCUUGCGCUUCGCAGACGUAUUCAAAAUCGAUCAUUUCCCUUCUCCAGGCGGCUACAUCCGUGGUUGCCUAUUCCAAAACUUUACCAUCGACAAUGUAGCGCAUCCCAUCGAAAUCAAUCAAGCUUGGUGCGGUCAUGGCGAGUGCACCCUUUCGGAAUCCGGAGGACUUGACAUCUCCGACAUUACGUUUGAUGGCUUCAAAGGAAGCGGGGAUGACACUACCCGGCCUCCCGUCAUAUUGCGUUGCCACUCGGGAGGUUGUCACGAUAUCAAUUUCCAGGUAGGUCAGGUUCAACAAGACCCGAAACAAAAUGGAGCCGUCAGCCUUACCAUUCUUUCUGCACAGAACAUCAACUUGGCCAAGAGGGGAGGUCGUUCCCCCAAGCCACAGAUACAGGGCGCAUGUGGUGCUGGACUCGCCGCCCUGCCCGCUUGCUGA